UCUGAUCUUUCUGAGGCGCAAGAAGGUCGCUGAAAAAGCCAAGAACUACUUGUCGGCAUCGACGCAGGACUUUCUUGAUAAUUUUAGUGCCGCUGCGCUCAAGAAGUUUCCAAAUUUCUUGGAAUGCGGCCCGUGCGAUAUUAUCUCGACGGUCGCGAAGGAAGAGAGAUUGCUGCACGCUGUGCAAGAUGAUAAAAUUAUGGCUGCUACUAAACCAUCUGCUAUAGUUAAAAGGAAAGUCUUCGAGCUCCGCUACAAUCACAAAGUGAAAGUAGCUCGAAGGCGAGCGCUGAAAUAGAUUUCGGCGCCGCGUCUAAUAGAAAGGUGCUUCAGCGCGCAGGCCUAUGGGAGCUGGUUACGACUGAGCAGCCAAACUUGGACUUUUAUG